CACAUAAUACUCAGACUUAGUACAUAUUUUAUGUUACAUUAAUUAGUUACACAGUUUUAUUUAUUCUUAGGCCGUAUUUACAGAAACUUUGUUGAUUGUUUUUGUUAAUCAUUGCAAUUUUUUGUUAUUUAAAACAAAAUGCAUUAAUUUUUUUAAUUUUUGAUCAACUUCGCAUAAAAACAAAAAAAUAACCCAUUGUAACAAUGAUAACUAAUUCGUGAAAAUGAAUUUUAAAUAUAUAUUCUCAUUUUGGAUGUUGACGAUGAAUUAUUCCAGUCUCAUGUGCUUGGAAUAUUCAAAAGGUUUUAACGAGUCCGCAGUUAUAAACACGAUUCAUACGGGCCAAAGUAAACGAACCAGUAAAUUUCUAUUUGACACUAUUUUUCGCAUAAGUUCGGGUGUAUCAAAUGCUUUUGGACUUUCGGAUACCGAAGACGAGGUUGAAUAUGCAGAGAAUUCCAGCCUGAAGAAUUGUGAUUGUGAUUGUGGAUUUUCAAAUGAAGAAAUACGAAUUGUGGGAGGCAAACCAACCGGUGUGAAUCAGUAUCCUUGGAUGGCAAGAAUCGUUUAUGAUGGAAAAUUUCAUUGUGGUGGCUCGUUACUGACCAAGGAUUAUGUCCUGUCCGCCGCUCAUUGUGUUAAAAAAUUGAGAAAAUCUAAAAUCAGAAUUAUUUUCGGAGACCAUGACCAAGAGAUUACCUCGGAGUCCCAGGCCAUUCAGCGGGCUGUUACAGCCGUGAUAAAACACAAAAGCUUUGACCCAGAUACCUACAACAACGACAUUGCUCUGUUGAGACUUCGCAAGCCUAUUUCGUUUUCAAAAAUCAUAAAGCCUGUUUGUCUGCCCCGCUUUAACUACGAUCCCGCUGGUCGAAUUGGAACUGUUGUGGGAUGGGGACGCACGUCCGAAGGUGGAGAACUACCAUCCAUUGUUAAUCAAGUGAAGGUUCCAAUUAUGUCCAUCACGGAAUGCCGUAAUCAAAAAUACAAAAGUACUCGAAUUACCUCAUCGAUGUUGUGCGCCGGCAGGCCAUCUAUGGACUCAUGCCAAGGCGAUAGUGGAGGACCGCUGUUGUUAUCUAAUGGAGUUAAGUAUUUUAUCGUCGGAAUUGUUUCCUGGGGCGUCGGAUGCGGCCGCGAAGGAUAUCCAGGUGUUUACUCAAGAGUGAGCAAAUUCAUUCCAUGGAUCAAAUCUAAUUUAGAAAAUACAUGCCUGUGUUCAUAGUCAAUGUUGUAUGCAAAUACACAAACGAAUAUUUAUUGCCUAGCUAAGACCGUUUUAAUACAAAUAAAAAUUCAAGUUUCAUUUAAAA